CAUCAUUAUGUUCUGGGCGGUCUCUCCGGCCUGCUCUCUGCGCUAUUGGUCUACCCUUUCGACUUUGUUCGCCGGGGAGUGAUGAUUGACCAGACGUUCUCGUUCCGGACUAGUCUCUCAACCGUUCCAUACGCCACGGUGUUCUUUGGAUUAUAUUUUCAUCAACGUGAUCCCAAUUGCUUAAAGUCACAAUGCUUAUGGGCAAGUGGAUCUGCUUUUUUGGCAGCAUGUGCCGAAGUUCCUUUUGACAAAGCCAAGCUGGCCAUGAUGGGAAAUCGCCGUGUUAUGAUUAUGGCUUCUUCCCUUUAUGUUCCAUUUGGCGCUCUCAUGCUAGUGAUGUAUGAUAAGGCCCUUCUCAAAUACCAAUCUUCCUUUUAGUGGACAUUAGACCUUGGAAUACCAUUGUUAGCGUUACCAGAAUAUACCUACUGCAGUCCCCCAUAAUACGUGCAUCCAAUUCGUCUUUGCCAUAUUCGUCAUCAUGAGGCAUGAUUAAAUUAGAAAUGCCACCAAUCACAUCAAUGUCGCUCUUUGUCCGUUAAUUGGUCACCUCCAAGGCUCGAACGGCUCGAACACAGCUCGAACACAGCUCGAACUCUGUGUGUGAGACUGUGAGUGAAUGAGUGUGCCUACGUUGUCUAAACUCCAGGAGAAAAGUGAUGACGUCGAAACGAAAUCAAAACAGAUUCGGUGUAUGCCUGUAUGGAGGCUGUUUGAACUCUACGUUGAAGUGGCAGGAAUUUGGAUGGGCGUGAUUGACGAUUGCAGCCACGAAUCCGGAGGUGCGUAGCGACAGGACCCCAAAUUGAUAUCCUUUAUACCACACUGACUGAGACCAUGGAUGUGGAGGAGAUAAAAGCGUCGUUGUUGGCACCGGCGGACUUUGACGUGGAGAAGCAUGCGAGCGAAUUGUUCCAAUCCGGCCAGGAUAUCGGCACCUACAUGAACAAUCUGAACCAGGCCGAACACGAGCUGGAUGGCAACAUUCAGGAUCAGGUGUCCAAUCACUACGAGGAUCUGCUCUCGCAAGCCACGAGCGUGGAGCACCUCGAGAUUCAUCUCGACAUGAUGCAGUCUCAUAUGCACACGCUGGUGGCCACUUCCGAACGGCUCAAGACCAAGGUACGCGAGCCUUACCGCAUGAUGAGCACCCAGGUCUUGACCUUGUCCCGCCUGCAAGAGACCUGCGACUUGCUGCGACGCAUCAUCCGGAUCGUGCAACUCGGGAAACGCCUUCAAUCCCAGCUUCAAGCGGGACCGUCUGAGUUGACCAAAGCUGCCUUGAGUCUGCAAGAGUUGACCGAGCUCUGGGUGCCCGAGUUGAACAAUGUGGAUAUCAUUGAACAAGAUCAGAGAGUCGUUCUUCAUGCCAAGACGGACGUGGAACGCAACGCGGAUAGCAUCUUGACUCGGGGUCUGGACUCGCGUAAUCAGAACCAGAUCGGCAUCGCUCUUCAAGUGUUUCAAAAUCUAUCCAUGCUCGAGCUGAAGCUGGAUGCCCGACUCCAAGAGGAAGUGGCCAAAGUCCGAACCAAAUUGCAGGACUGUCUAAGCAUGAGUAAGAUUACACAAGCCGUUGAAGUGAGCGGGAAUUAUUCUAAUGCGAGUUCGGGUACUGCCAAUCCACCCAACGGUGGUAUUGGUGGUGGUGGUGGUGGUGGUGGUGCAGGACCGGGCAAAGCCACCAUCCCAGCCACGGGGAAUAUGGCCACCUUCAGGGCGGUGAUGUGGAACAAUUUCGAGUCUUGCUUGGAUUUCGUGUUUAUCAAAGCGGGCGAGUUGUUGUGCCUGCAGCGAUUGUUGUGCAAGAAACGGGACGCUGUAUCACAUUUAACGUUCAUGGAUCUACUUCCCGAGCCCAAGAAUGAGAUCUUGGCCAAAUUCUGGUCCGAGAUUGUGGACAUUCUCAACAAGCAAUUGCGAUUCGCCACGGGAGAAUCCAAUUUCCUUCGGCAAGCUCUUGAAGGCGAGUUUCCCAAGUUACUAAGGCUCUUCAACGACUUGUGGCUACGACUUCAUGCCAUGGGGAAAGAGAUUCCCUUCGAGGAGUCGGAAAAGUUUACCAACCCGUUUCAAGCGGCCAAGCCCCAAGACGAGUUACGGAAUACGAUGGAGUCUUUUGAGAGAGCUUAUCUGUCUCGUUCCUUGUCGCGUCUAUUCGAUCCGGUGAAUUUGAUGUUUUCCAGUGGGGAAACGCCAAUCAAAGGCGAAAUCAAACAGGUCUUGAAGGGCAUCGCCAGUGAGCUGAACAUUGCUCUGGUGGAUACGCAGUUGUGCCAUACGGUUUGUAAGAACGUAGCCAAGACCAUCCAACUCACUUGCGUGAAGUGUGAAGGAAUCCUCGUCACCGAUGGUGAGGCCAGUCAAGUCAUUGGUUAUCCCACAGAAGGCCAAAAGAAGAACGUGAGCAUUGUCAAUUGCCUGUACGAGUUCAAACAGGGAAUGGAAACUAUUUUAAGUACGAUCGCCUUGGGCAAGAGUAGUGUUCAGGUCAUCCGACAAGCUCUGUUAGACGUAGACAAGCAAGCCAAAGCUGCCGUGGAACCGCUAAUGAACUCUAUUUCGGAUGCGAUUGAAGCUAUUAUCCUGACUAUCCACAACGAAGACUUCUCCGGGUCUGGCGAGGAUCAAACUGGCUCGGCUGUGAGUAACCCUGCCGCCAAACCCUGUUCCUUGUACAUGAAAGAGCUACAAAGUUUUUUGAGCCGAGUCUCCGCCGAUUAUCUCCAAGCUUUCGAAUGUCACGAGCUUCUAGCUGAAUGCGUUCUUCCCGUGGUCCGACGUUGUGUAGACCAGUUUGUGGUGGAUGCCAGUCUUAUACGACCCUUAGGAACGGAGGGUCAAAUGCGCCUGGCAUCGGAUUGCGCUCAAUUAGAAAUGGCUUUGGAGCCACUGAGUGGCCAAUUGAACGCGAGUCUUCUCGGGAAAUCGUACGAGACAUUGCGAUCUUUCCGAUCCAUGCUUUUCUUCAACCCGGAGGACAUUCUGUCCAGCCCAGUGUUGGGAAAGUCCUUGCCCUUUAGCAUUGCACUGCACUUCCUCUAUGCCAAGGCUCCCAAAGAACUGCAAUCCCCCCAUGAAAGUACGGGCUGGAGUCUGUCGCGAUACUCGUCUUGGUUAUCCGACCAUCCCAACGAGUUGGAUCGGUUGCAACUCAUUCAGGGUUCCCUAGAGAGCUACGUAGCGGGCACGCGUCAGAGAGGAGAAAAAUCGUACGCCCAUCCCUAUCCGAUCAUGCUCCAAGUUCUUGAACAAGGUCUAACUUCUUUGAAGGGCUAGAUGUGACGGUGUUAAUGUUUGAUUUGCCCUUGUUUUCGUCCAUUUCUUUAUUAUCAUUUUACGCGUGGUCCAAAAAGAGUUUUAUACGGUUGAGAAAUAGAUCAAAUAUUAUUCACAAA